GAAGUGGACGACGUCGAAAUGCGGAGGCGGAGGAGGAGGAGGAGGAUGGGUGGAUGACGAGGAUCGAGAGAAGAGAGCGGGACCGGUAUAAGAAUUGGGUUUGUUUUGCUGCCCGCGCCUGGCUGGACUUGGUACGCGAUGGAUAUAUAAGGUACGUAGUACGUACUUGGUGGUGAGGUACUGCAUUCGACGGGCGGCGCAAUGACAUGGGGCGGGGGGCGUUGUCGCGAGCGAGGAGCCGUGGCGGUGCCGAGUUAUUAUCGAGUGUCUUCUGUUGUCUUGGCUGCCAUUCGGAUGGGUCAAUGGAAGAAGUACUCUUCCCUUGGUGGACGGGCAGAGAGAUCCAUCGUCACAGAACUACUUCUCUUCUCCCAAUUGACGCCGAUAUCAUCAUCAUCGACGGAAUAUCCAUCCCUCCGACCGUCGACCGUCCUUUGACUCCUGAGGCGUUCCUGUCGUCUUGUCUUAUCGAUAACGGCGGGGCUGAUCGUCGGCCAAUGAGGGGCGAUGGAUUAUGUCAGCGCAUUUCACUUCCGUCAGUCCUCGGGCAAAAGGUCGUCUUUCUCCUGGCUGAAGAUGGAUCCGUUAUUCCUUCGAAUAUUGUUCUGGAAGAGCUCAUUCUCCAUUGUUCAUGACCCAAAGAAUAUUCUUCAUUAUUCUUUCAUCAUCAUCAUCUUCUUUUCUUUUCUUGUCUUGUCUUGUCUUGUCUCUCAAUCGAACCCACUCGCUGUCCCCCGCGGACGAUCCUCCAGUCAAAAUCCGAAUUCUCAGCCUUCUGAGUACCCGGACGGGUACCCGUACCUGAUAUCAUCU